CAUACCCAGUUAACACGCGUAACUAGACAGACAGACCGUAAUUUUUUUUUUUUGUAGUUCAGUGCGAAUUGAGUGCGGAAGUGUUACAUACAAAAUGGCGGCGUUUUGUUUAUCUAUGAAAAACGGUGUAGCGAUGCUAUUCAUACUGAUGUGUAUAGCGGCUGUCGUCCGAGAAUCGAAUGCGCGACCACCCUGGCUGGCACCCGGUAGCGGAGUGUUUACUGAGUCAGCUGAAUGUCAUACAGACGACGAGCUUCUAGAUCUGUGCCAGAGAUGUGCCAAGCUCACUAAGUCCAAACUAGCGUACCCAGCAUGUUGCUCAACAGACUUACAAGCCAGAAAGUGGUGCUCAGAUUAUGUAUACUUCGGGAGAGGUCAAUACGACUUCUAUUUAAUUUGAGACUUAAUUAAAAUAAUCUAAGGAACUAGACAUGUAAGGGAUAGGAACACACUAGCGCGAUCAAGUUAAGCGAUAUGAGCUUGAUAUUAUAGCGACGAAGAUGUAGCCGGAGCUUUAUAAUCGCUUCUUCGUCGCGCAAGUAUGUUCCAUCCUUAAGGCUGCUAGAGUCACCCCAAGUUUUAUAUCUCUAGGAAAUAUUUUGAUUUUUAUUCGAAUUAUUUUUUUAAUAAAUGUAUAUACUGUGUAUAGAUUAAGUAU